GCCAAGGAGCUGGGACGCUCGGCAAAAUAGAGAUAAUUAGACUCCAGACAAGUCAAGGCAAGAGGAACUUACACUCCGCGAAAAUAUGUGCGACUGCGGCUGCUACUCUUACUGUCUGCAUGACAGCUCCUGCUACAGCCACUACCACUCGCAUUCUCACUUGCACUCGCAUCACUGCUGUGCGGGCUAUAAAUAUUUGAAGUGCCUCUGCCGCUACUAUCGCCAUGGGCACUGCACCUGCUCCUGCUGGCGGCGGAAAUGCUAUCUGCUCUAAGCUGGAUGAGGUCCCUUUCCAGGAUAAGGAUGAGGCGGAGAUCCACGACAGAUGAGGCACAAAAGGAAACACCACACAAAUCACAACUCAAACAACGCAAAUCAGCAAAGAAAUCACAAGAUGAAGUCCUUUAAGCAGUUGCAUAACACUUGGCUACAUCCAAUCGAGCAGGAGUGAAAUGGAAAAUGUAAAAUGGUUUGACGAGAGAAUCAGAAAGAGAGAGCAGCAAACAACUAGCGUGCAUACGGAUCGUAUGUGCAACGUUUUCAGUUGUCGUGUGAGUGAGUGUGCAUGUGCUUUUGCCUGUAAGUGAAAAUGGUUUAAGGAUGUGGCUAACAUUGUUAUCGACUGCGUUUUGCAUUUUGCAUCUGCAAAAUCCCCAUUUACACCAAACAUACACCUAAACCCAGUAAAGCAAAUCGUAUUAGUGCCUAAGUAUUACUUCACACCCCACAAUAAAUACUCGAUUAACACCCAGAACACAUCGUUACCAAACUAAAUACAUUCAAUGCUAGAGCGUAGUGUGUAUCGGCCGACGUUCAAGUUUUUCGCCAUAUUUGUUACGUUUCCAAUUU